AUGCCGGAGCAGGAGGAGAGCUCCAGCUCGGAAGAGGAAGCGCCAAGGCGCGAGGUGCGAGAGUCCAUCGUCGACCGAGCCGUGCGCAAGGCAGCUCUCAAGGGAAAGCUUGAGCCGGAGCUCUGGACCAAGACCUUCUGGUUUAGAUUGUACCUGGCAGUCAUCGGCAUCGUCAAUGUGCAGGUGAUGGCGCUGGAAACCGAUUUCGGCUGCCAUACAAACCACUGCCCGGAGCCUUUGAUCGGGAUUUGGACGGUGAUGGAGCAGAUCUUGACAGGCUUCUUCGUCCUGGACGUAGCCGCCAGGAUAUGGGAGGCCAAGCCUAGACGCUUUUUCAAAGGCGACGAGACGAAGGAGAAGUACAAGCUGGACGUGGUGAAUUUGUUUGAUUUCGUCAUUGUGGUGUUAAGGGCCUUCGACCUCUGGUUACUCACGCCCUUGGGCCGGACGGAGUCCGGGCUGAAGUUCCCCAGCGUCUUCAGGAUCAUGCACAUUAGUACGUUCGUCCACGAGAUUCAAUUGUGGAAGGGCUUCCGUGAGCUGUGGAUCGUCAUUUCCUUGCUGCGAGAGACGUUGCUGACGUUGUUUUGGUGCGGAUUCCUCAUCGUUGGCACCACCUGGGUCAUCUCCGUGCUGAUUACCAUCUCGGUUCUGACCGAUCCCAAGCUGGACUUCGACCUUAGCCGAAGCGUCUGGACCAAAGAGGACUACUGGGGCUCCGUAGGUAGAACGGUCAUCACGAUGUUCCAAGUCCUCCUGCGCGACAAGUGGGCCGACUCCAUUGUAUGGCCGAUGGUUCAGAAUGACCCGAUAGUUAUGCUGAUCUUCGCGGUCUUCUACUGCGUUGUGGUUCUUGCACUUAUGAACAACGUCACCGGUGUGGUCGUUGAGUGCGCCAUGGAGGCGUCAACCCUUUGCGGCGAGCUCUAUCAGAAGGAGCAGGGGCCUAGCUUGUAUAGUGGGGUGUUCUGCUCAGUUGCCAUGCACGGCCGACGGCGCUCGUGGACAUGCUUGGUAGCACUGGCCCUUUUUGGCUUGGGAGUGGGUCGUUCUUUCGCUGGUGGCCGCAUGCCGUUGCGGACAGCGAGGACUUGCUUGGAGCAUGGGCCACCUCGGGAUAGUGGCGACGAGCUCGGGGACCGAAAACUUCGCUUUGGAAAGCACAAAGGGAAGAGCUUCCGCGAAGUUGCUAAGAAUAAAUACUACGUAAACUGGUGCAAGCAGAAGCUGUCCAGAGAAGAUGAACUUUACAAAGACUGGCUGGACUAUGUCGCGGGAAAGCGGUCCGCUUCUGUCCGAUCGUCACAGAAGGCACAGCCUCGAAGCGUGGAAGCUCCUCCUGCCAGCUCGGUCAGCGCGUUGCCCUCGAGGACUGCCUCUCUCCAGAGCCCAUCAGAGGAGGCCCGGCUCCAGAGCAGGGCAGCUCCUGGUGCCCCUGCGACGUCGGGGAGACGCCAGUCAGCGAGGCCCAGGCCUUCUCAGGCGCCCCUCCAGGUCAAAGGACCAAACUCAGAUAUCUUCGAGUUACCCAGAGGCCUCCUCGAAGGCUACCAGCUCUGGUCAUGCAAGGGCAAAGCCGAACCGCCUGACGGGAAAACACCCUGGGCCUUCAGCUACCACGACGGAUGGACUUACGUUGGACGUGUCCGGCUUGGACGGAAACUCGUGCUGAACCUGAAGGAGGGGAGAAACGACAUGGCCGCCGCCCGCAAGGUCAACCACCAGGGAGCACGCUUCGAGGCACUGCCGAAGUACCACUUUCGUGGCAUCGUCCCGUUUGGCGGGAAAGCGCACAUUGCAGCAUCGCUCGAUCAGGAGCUCUAUGCCCCGGAGGAGAGGAAUCUGGGUGGUCAGGGGCGAACAGCCAUGGCUUCCUUGGUUGGUCUCAAGGUGCGUCCUCUUGGGCCUGCACAGUCCUGGUUCACUGGCUUGGUGAUCUGUGAGCCGGAAGACAGAAACAACAUCACUCUGACCCCGAGCAUUCAGCAGAACCUCCUGCAGAUGACGAAAACACCGAAGGUGUAUGAUGCAACGGCCAAGGCUCUUGUGGACGAGCUCCUUCUGACAGUCUCCAAGAAUUGCACCAAUGAGAGGGACUUGAAGAUGACUUUCGUCGCAAACGCGUUGAGGCCAAGCGUCACCGGGCAAGCGCAGGAGCAGAAGCUGAGAGGGCUGAAAGGCUGGGAGAGAUUCCAUGCCUUGCCACCCACCAAGAUUAUCCUGGAUGCGGCGACGCGCCAGCGCAUGAUCGCCGAAGAGGUCACUCGCCUAAGUGACAAGAUCUUCAAGUGGUCUCCCCUCCGUCCUCUUCGAGUGCAAGAUGGGAGCCCUUUCCAGAAGCUGGAGCCGCCAAUGCUUGUCGUCGGCAACAAAAAGUCUAUCAGCGGUGCCGAGAGACCGUCCAAAGUGCUCUUCAACUUAGACCGUGCCGGUUCGUUCAAAGUCAAGCCGAGCACACCUCUGCGACUGGGUGCUGCCACGUUUAGAGCCAACCCUUCACAGCAGGACUUCGUGGAGACGGUCUUAAACGAGGUCAGAAGGCUAUUGGAGAAGUACGGCAUAAGGGUCGCAGACACCUUGGCACCAAUCCACAAAAGCGGGUCUCUGGAGAAGGACGUCCAAAGCGCUUUGAGGUCCGAAGCCUUGACCCACGCCGACGCAGUUCUCCUUUUCGGUGGGAAGAUGAAUGAUGCGAUGUACAAUCAAGCCAAGUACGAAUGUCUGCGCUCGCAGAACGAUGCUGGGAAACACGUGACGACCCAGUGGUUCGACCUGGGUAAGAGCAACGUGUGGAGCCCGAAGUCCAAGACGCUGGAGUGGGCAGAAAAGAUCUGCGCAGUUGGCAUCAUCGCCAAGCUCGGCCACGCCCCUUGGGCAAUCAAUGUUCGGCCUUGGUUCCGUGCCGCACCCAAGGACAUUCGUGUGGGUGUGGUGGGCUACGAUGUGUGCCACCUGCGCAACCCCAAAAAUUUCAAAAAGCCCAUAUCCAUUGCGGCAGCCAUCCGAGUGGACAGUGAAAAGGACGAGGACCCCUGGCUCCUAAGCCACGUCACUUUUCGUACAGAGCGCGUACAGGUGGAGACGGUGCCUAGCCAGAGUCUGAAGGAAAUGAUCCCUGCUGACUUUGCGCGCGGCCGCCUGAUAAUCAUCCACCGGGACGGCGAGUUUCCGAAGGCGGAGCUGGCAUCACUGCGGGCCUACCACGAGGAGCUGGCGGCCAGCGAGGGCGGAAGCCAGACCACUUUCGUCCUGGUGGAGUGCGUGAAAUGGGCCGGCGGAUCACCCAGACUCUACGAGGGCACCAAGUCCGCUCCUGCUGGCGCAAUGUUGGCUUUGAGUGACAAGGAGGCACUCCUAGCCUCGAGCAAGGAUAUCUUCCAGGGCACUGCGAAUCCCAUCAGUUUGCGACUUGCAGGAGUUCUUGGAGAUGUCGCACACAGCCAGUUCGCGAUGGACAAGUUCGCUUGGGUGCAGUCCGUUUUCGACCUCAGUUACCUUCACCACGGUUCCGUGCUGAAGCGGCCAAGGCUUCCCAUCACUACUCACUUUGCCGACCGAUUAGCCUACAUGCUCUCUGCAUUGGGCAAGGAUGGUGGCGAGUGGGAGAGCGUCUUGGCAGACAACUGCUCUGGAUGA